GAUGAAAGUUGUGUUUAUCUGUUUUUUUUGGUGUUUUAAUUCUUCAAUCAAUUCGCUGAAUUAUACUCCCGAGGGUUUUAAGGUAUGAAAUUCAGAAGACUUAAACAACUUUGAUCAGUAUUCUGGAGCAGAAUUUUUUACUGAUUCAAGUGAUUUUUUUUCUAUCCCCAUUUUCAAUAGCCUUGUAAUUUAGGAACAAAAUCUGACAAAGCGCAGAGCUUUUAUUUCUUCAACAUAUAUAUUCAUGUGAAAUUAGGAAAAAGGUCAAAACUAGAAUUAUUUCUUUAGUCAUUUAUGAGCAUAGCGAUGUUUUUUUAAAAGUGGAAUUAACUGUUUGGUUUUUGUUGAUUUGUGUAUUGCUUGUCGUUUUGAGUUCAUGAGGUAGGACAAUGAUCUCUACCUGCACAUGGUGUCCCAUUACUGUUGCCAUCACCCUACAUUUUUUUUGUUUUUUGUUUUCUUAUUUUUCAUCUUUUUUAUAGUGAUGUUUUUCGUCGUUACCUGAUGUAGUUUACUUCGAGAAGCCCUGUUUGUAUCAAGAAAAAGUUGAGAGUUUUGCACUUAAUCCGAAAAUGAGACUGUAAUUUCUGUUUAUUUACUGGUUUUUCCCCUUGUAUUAAGUUCUUGGGUGACAGCGAUUGCGUGUGGGAGCAUUCAAUCACAAUUAAUCACUCUGUGGAUGUGUUUCUGUGGGAGGGCUGGUGAACAUAUAAAUUUCAUUGAAUUCCCUUUCAUGAAAGGGAGUUGGUGGGGGAAAGAAGGGGCAGGACAGAAUGGCUAAUGUGAGUCUACCUUAAUGUGUGUGUGAAUUGCAUAUGCAGCUCCAACCAUGAAAUUCUCGUGAGAGCGACAAUGGCUGGGGGACCGGCGCUGAGAUCAAGAAAGUGAGAUAAAAUAAUAUCCAUGGGAUGCCAUUCUUGGCCUAGACAGCUUUACCAGUGUUUGUUCUACUUCCCUUUUCCACCAUUUCCAAUUUCCUUGGAUCCAAACUUAACCCACUAGCUUUUGUCUCUUACUUGUAAUAGUGACUGUAACUUGUUUUUACUCUUCUGCAACUGUCUUUCUCAUUUAGGCCUAGUUGCUAUGUGAUCUGGGCUGGGGCAGAUGGUUGGAGUAAAUCCCAUUUGUAUUUCUUUGCUGGAUUUUGUGGAAUUGAAUGGUUUGAGAUCUGAUUGCCUGUAAAGAUAUUUUCAGAGUGGAAAGGAACUCCUUUAGGAAGCAUUUGUUGAAUUGUCAAUAAAUUUAUUGGGUUCGGUGAUAGUGUGUCUCUUUGCAGUGAGAUGAUCACAGACAUUAAUGAGGUUUAGUUUGCUCUAUUUGGAUGGAUGUAUGUGAGUCAGAGAAAGCAGUGUGUAAGCAAUCUACAACAGUGACUUUGAGGCCACCACUUGUUUCAGCUGACAACAAAAAUGGAGCCGCCACUCGAAGGUCCCGAACCAGAGAGGUUAGCUCGAAGUAUAUGUCGCCAACGCGAUCUGUCGCGGCUGCUCCGAAGCGCUGCCCCUCACCAAAUGCCUGGAGGGCAUCCACUGCUUCAACCGUGCCCUUGCCAAAGAGAGCUGUAUCAGCUGACAGAAGGCGCCCGACUACACCAACAUCACCACGUAGUCCUUUUCCAUCGACACCAGUGCAGGAUACAGCUGCCGCAACGCUAGUGACACCAAGAAAGACAUUGGUUAAUAAAUCAUCGCCAGAGUCUUUAUGGCCAUCUACAAUGAGAAGUCUCAAGGUUUCUUUGCAAUUUGAUGGUAAGAAAGACAGCACGAUUUCUCGUAUGCCUUCUGAUCGAACUCUGAAGCCACCAUCAAAUGUAGCUCGCAAGGGCGAAACACCAACUGCAAGGAAGCCCACACCAGAGAAGAAGAGAAGCCCUCUCAAAGGAAAGAACUCUACUGAUCUGUUGGAGAAUUCUAAACCUCUUGAUGGUUUGCCAUCUUCUCUACUAGAUCAACAUCGAUGGCCGAGCAGAAUGAGUGGGAGAGCUUCCUCUAUCGCUAGCAGAAGUGGUGCUACUGAAAAGGUGAACCAAACUCCUUUAUCUCAAUCUAGGAUGGCUACUACGCCUUCCUUCAGGAGAUUAUCUCUGGAUGGGACAAGCAGACCUGUAAGGAAAAGUGCGAGUGAUCUUAUUAUACCUACGUCACAUGUUGAGAGCGAAAAGCUGGUGUUUUGUGGAAUUGCAUUUUAUGAUGAUUCGCAAAAGGUGCAGAGGCCUUCCUCUUCAAGUUCAUCAGAAAGAUCAUCAAUGAUGAGUACAGUGGCUAGGACUCAGUCAUUGCCAAUCCCCAGAUCACGCCCCUCUUCACCCUCGGUGUCCAGAGUGGUCAGUCCAUCACGAGUCAGGAUUGUUCACCCGUCUUCUAGAGGCUCUAGUCCUGCUAGGAUGAGGCCAUCGAGCCCAUCCAGACAACCUCAUGAUACUUCUGUACUUAGUUUCAUCGCAGAUAUUAAGAAAGGCAAGAAAGCUGCUAUUGACAUUCAAGAUGUCCAUCAGCUAAGGCUGUUGUACAAUAGACAUUUGCAAUGGCGAUAUACAAAUGCUCUAGUCGAUGCUGCAAUGCAUUCUCAUAAAGCGAAAGCAGAGAAAAUAUUAUACAACACGUGGAGGACAAUCUUAGAUCUGUUGGAUUCAGUCAGAAAAAAAAGAUCUAACCUCCAGCAGCUGAAGCUUAAGUUGAAGCUUUAUUCAGUUUGGGUCAAUCAAGCGAGCUGUCUUGUUGAGUGGGCUUCAAUUGAGAGGGACCAUACCAACUCAAUGACCUGGGCCAUCCGCGAUUUGCAGGCUAGUACUCUCCGGAUUCCAGUUGCUGAAGGAACGAGGGUAGAUAUUAGAUCUGUCAAGGGAGCUGUAUGCUCUGCUGAUAACGUGAUGAAGGCUAUGGCAUCCUCUUUACGCCCCAUUCUCCAUCAGGUAGGGAGUAUGAACUCCUUGGUAGCGGAACUUGCUGAUCUUGCAGCACGUGAAAGAGCCGUGCUUAAUGAGUGCGAAUCACUUUUUUGUUCCAUAGUUGCUUUGCAGGCAGAAGAAGGCAGCUUGAGAACUCAUCUUUUGCAAAUGAAGCAAUCUUGGAGAGGUGACCAACUUUCCCUAUUUGGGAACUAAGAUGAUUUCAAGUACGAUGAUGCAUUCUAACACACCUCGAUUUUUGUAUAUGAAAUACAACAUCAUCUCUUUCCGUAGUGAAUGUAUAUCAAUGUUUCUACCUUAAUAUUUCUUUUAUUAUUUUUAGUUUAGUCUACUUUUCUAAUUUUAUUAAUUUGAAUAGGUGGAGUAUUUUGUAAAAAGGAGAAUGUGAAAUACAUUGAAAUAUAACGAAAAUAUCUUCCGCGCUGUGGGCCUCA